GUAGCUUUGACGGAAAGACACUGGAAAUUUUUUCGAUUUUUCUGCACAUAAAAUUAUUUCGAUUAUUUCUGAGGAAAAAUAAAUCACAGUAGACGAACAUCAAGUUAAACGCGUGCCGAAAUGAUACUGUUCUGAUUGUGAGCUGCGAUGCAACAUUGAAAAUAAUUUAUGAGGUUUUCCUACUGAAACAUUACCAUGGAUGACGAAUCCUCGAGCGACUCAAAAGAUGGAGCGAUCAGUCCAAUAUCAGGUGACAGUCCUUCUACCGGAGGUGGAAAAUCUGGAGAUGAAGAAGGAAGAUCUUCUAAAACCCACCUUCCCAACUGGUCUGGGUCCCUAUGGCAAGACGGCAACAGAAAGAGCGCCUUCCAGCCGUACAGACAACAAACAACAGUGCUGACGAAUCUGCAGAGGGGCAACAUCCAGACUCUGACCCCUGUGCUGGAACCUCUGGAUGUGUCCAUGCACCACAGGGCUGGACAGGGAGAGUUGUCUGAAGAAGAUUUCCAAGAAGAGGUUGAUAUUGAUGAAGUUGACACUUCCGGCUUGACUCCACUUCAUUGGGCGUGUUUUUACGGUCAGCUGCCAACUGUGCAGCUACUUCUGCAGAAGGGAGCCUCCAUCAACAAGGAGGGAAAAGAGGGCGAAACUGCACUGCACCUUGCAGCAGCCAACGGACACCAUGACACCCUCAAGGCUCUUCUCUCGAAGGGGGCCGACAUUGACCAUGUCGAUGAGAACUCGAAUACGGCAUUGAUGUACGCAGCCUUCGGUGACCACCCGCACUGCGUCAACGAGCUGCUUGUAAGAGGUGCUGACUUCACAAUGAAAAACAUCAACAACGACUCGGUCCUGGGCAUCGCAAUCGACAGAAGCAGCUCACAAGCCCAGGCAGUGAUCGAGAAUCAUCUCUUAAGCCUGCUGAGUCACACCAAAUGAACUCAUCAUUAUUUUUGUACAUAAUGUAAAAAUAUUUGUGAGAGAUUGAAAAUAGAUGUUUGUCACAUUGAAUGAAAGGACGUUAAAUGCU